CCGGGACAGGGAUGGUGAUUGGAACAAAGACUUAUGGAGAUAAACCGAAAUGUUUCCAAUUGGAGGAAGAUGGAGAACAUUAUUAUAUUGGUUCCGAGGUGGGGAACUACCUGCGCCUGUUCAGAGGCUCUCUCUACAAGAAGUACCCUUCUAUGUGGAGAAGGCUAGUGACUGUGGAAGAGAGGAAGAAAAUCGCCACGCUAGGUAAACAAAUUGUUGGAUUUGGCCAGCAUUCCCUGGCGACCAACAUCACUUUGCUGAAGGCCAGUGAGGUUGAUGAAAUCAUCAUGGGCAAUGAUGACAAGUUCAAGGCCGUCUCAAUUAGCAGUGAACCAGCAGUCCGAGAUAACAAGGCUAAGCGCAGUAACUGGGUGCCAGCCAUCCCCAGCAGUUCUCACCAUCUGGAUGCUGUUCCAUGCUCCACCCCCAUCAACCGAAACAGGCUAGGCAAACCAAAGAUGAGGACGUUUCCUAUCUGUUACGAUGACACGGAUCCUGCUCAGAUACACGAGAAUGCCAACUCUCAGGAGAUGCUGGUCCCCGUCAGACUGGACAUGGAGUUUGACGGACAGAAACUGAGGGACUGCUUCACCUGGAACAGAAACGAAAGCAUCAUCACACCUGAGCAGUUUGCUGAGAUCUUGUGUGAUGAUCUGGACCUGAAUCCUCUCAACUUUGUCCCGAGUAUUGCUCAAGCUAUCCGUCAGCAGAUCGAAGCCUUCCCCACCGAUAAUCUCCUUGACGAGCAGAAAGAUCAAAGGGUCAUACUUAAGUUGAACGUUCACGUAGGUAACAUCUCCCUGGUGGACCAGUUUGAGUGGGACAUGGCAGAGCCUGAGAACAGCCCAGAGGAGUUUGCUAAUAAACUCUGUGCUGAGUUAGGUUUGGGUGGCGAGUUUGUGACAGCGAUAGCUUAUAGUAUACGAGGACAGUUAAGCUGGCAUCAGAGGACCUACGCAUUCAGUGAAGCACCUCUACCCAUUGUGGAAGUUGCCAUUAGAAAUCAACAUGAAGCUGAUCAGUGGUGUCCAUUCUUAGAGACGCUCACAGACGCCGAAAUGGAGAAGAAAAUCCGAGACCAAGACAGAAAUACAAGGAGGAUGAGGAGAUUAGCUAAUACAGCACCGUCCUGGUAACCAUGCGAAAUAUUCAUACAGGUCAGUCAAGAAGAGCUUUCUCCACAAAGAUUUCUUCACCCUGUAGAACACUUGAAGACAUCCUGUGGACAAUGCUGUAUCCAAGAGAUGCUUGAUAAAGUCCACAAGAAAAGAUGGAGCUUAAAAUUACAGCUUUCAUCAAUAUGUGCAAUUUGUUUGAAAGAGGAGAUAUACACAAGCUUUUUGACAAUGUGAAUCUCGUUGUGAAUGACACAAAAAUGAACGGUCCUUGUUACAUUUCUCAUUAUUUGAAAGUACAUUGUUAUCUCCCUUGUUGACGGCCUGAAGUUAUGCGCAUGUUCAGUUUUACACAAUUCCUCAGCCUUUUCGCAUAUGAAAGAGCAACCUUCAUUACAAUUUAUGGUCAUUUAUAAUUUAAUUUUGGAGACAAAACCACAUUGAUUGGAUUGGCCAGUAUCAGAGCUUCGGAAAAAGUUUAAUUUAUCAGUCUUCACAGAAUAAUGGCGUCAGACUAUGCUUGAAAACAUGCAAAAAUGUUUAAGAAUUAGAAUAGCACAAAUGUUCUGUGUAAAUUAUCACUAAUGAUACCUUGGUUUUCACGUUCAUGACUGACCUGAUUUGUAUCCCUGUACAUGUACUGUUUUCCAGCAUGAAGCUUUUCAUCCAACAGUAGGUCAAAUUUGACAGGCCUUUCUCGUCCAUUGACGAGUUAGCUGCGUUAUUCUUCCGUUUUCAUUUCAUUUUGUCAGUUUUGGUUCGGUUUGCCGAGGCUAUCUACAAUUCAUGUCUCACUCAUUAACUUUUACAUCAUAAAGUCACAUUUGUCGUCAACAUACAUCUUAAAGGAAAAGUAAAGGGCAAAAAGGAAUGGAAGGGAAGGAAUGAGAAAGCUUUAAGAGAAAUGACGAAAUACUGUAUUCAUAUCCAAAAAUAGAUGAAGCUUAUAGACGAGUCCUGAACCGGAUAAAUGCUGUCAAUCUACAGGUGCCCAAUACUUAGACAGUUUCGUCAGUGAAUGACAGUGCAUUGCUUGUUGAAGGGCCAUAACCCUCUAAAUACCCGAGUAUGAUCAAAUCAGUUUGGUUCACAUACUCAGACUGGGGUUCAGUUAACGUUGAGUGGGGAAAGUUUGACUUUGUGUCAUACUUCGUGAUGUGAUCUUAAAAUGGUUUUCUACAUUGAACUUUAUACCUACAUGUACCUGUGUGUAACGUAACGUCAGGACUUUGAAUGAAGUAAUUGUGACUUCGUUAUUUUGUUACAGGACCUUGUUACCACCGACUGGUGGAUGAAAUGUUAUUUUGGUAUUGUACGAAAGUGAAAUUCUGUAGUUUCCUUCUCUUUUAAAGAAAAUGGUGUGGGAUGUUUGGAAACCGAUUUACCUGUUCAUACGUCAGUAUCUUGCUCAAAAGGGGUUUUUAUUGAAUCAAAAAUCAGGAAGACAUGUGGGAUACAUGUACGUGAUUGUAUCAGUUACAUAUAUAGUUAAGACAACAUGGUGAUCUGAUGGUGACAGAAGUUUCAGGGAACGUAGAUUUUUUAAUAUUUCUGUCAUAAGACUUCAUCUCAACCAUUUUCUUAGAGUGGAAGAGAGAUUCAUCGAUGUGGAUAGCUUGUCCUGAAAGUCACUGUCGUUUUUCAGGACGUGUAAAAUUCCCAAUGUAGAGAUAAAACUGAGAUAUCCGCGUCAAGGGACUUGGAAUCCAUGAAAGCCAGAUUAGUGUAUUGAUUUACUGGUGUAUCGGUUUGCUGGUGUAUCGGUUUGCUGGUGUAUCGGUUUGCUGGUGUAUUGGUUUGCUGGUGUAUCGGUU